GUUACGAUUCAGGUUAGAAGUUGGGCAAAAUCAAACCUCUUCUCUUCUUUCUUUUUCUUUGUGGACCAAGAAAACUUCCCAUUGAUCCUCUCUUGAUGUUCUUCUUCUUCUUACAAGAUUAAUUCAAAGUCAUUUAACUUUUAAAAAAUGGGUGACAUCAUCGGUCACAAUGAUAGGGAGAUACGGUUGCCCUCUCAUGUUCUCCAAGAUCCCUUGUUUGAUCAUUCUAACAAACAUCAGUUGCAUAACUCCUUCAUCAACCACAGCCACCAUGGCAGCGGGGGAUUCCGUCGACCCGGUGCACCACCUUCAAAUUCCUUCAGAGAAACUUUUCCUUGGCAAAACAAUUGGCAAAUGAGUAAAAGAGAGGACCAAAUGCAAGCAUUUUUCUUGGUUCCGCCGGCCCGUAAAGCUUCUGGCACCGGAGUUUUUCUUCCAGCCAGCGCUUGUCAUCUGCCAACCAAAAAAACAGCCUGUUCAACGGUGCUUCUCCCGGUGCGUGUAGUUCAAGCUCUCAAUCUCAACGUUCACAACAAGCGUAUUCAUGUUUCUCCCCGUUCAGAGAAUAAUUCGAAGAAGAAGAGCGAGAUGGUGGAAACACCUGCGAACAUUGAAGUCGAAACUCUGAUUGAUUCGCCGGAGAAUCUUCUCCCGGAGGAAUGGAUUUAUUGAUGGCCAAUGUUACUUAUUAAUGUGAAUGAAUAGAAUCAAAUAAAAAGAUAAAGCAAGAUUGUAAUGUGGAUUCUUGUGUCGUGUAUGCUUGCCAUUGGGUUAGUGUAAUAUACCCGAAUAAGA